AUGGCACCAACCGAUUUCUACUCGCGUUUAAAGUCAAAAAUUCUGGGAGAAAAGGAGGGCCCAGUGAAGCCGCCGAUGGAUACAAAUCUUGCUGUAGGCUUAUUGCUGGUCUACACGCUGAUCUACGUCGUCCCGUUCUAUCUCUCCUCCACCACACGUCCUUCUGCGAAUCUAUCUCGGGAUGCGCCGUCGGUGAUCCGGGGCCGCAUUGCUUCUGUAACCACUUCUUGCACAAUAUGCUCUAUAGCUACGUUCGUUAUCCUUUGCACGAUCGUUAAGGAUGGUACUUUUGGAGCAGCUUUCCAUGCUAUGGGAUGGUAUCCGAUUGGCAUUCUGGAAACGGUCAAGGCAGUUGGUCUGACCGCCGUCCUCUUCUUGGGACCUCUUUUCGAAGCCGGGAUCGUUCAAGGAGGAUGGAGGGACUGGAUUCGACUGCGAGGGUUGAGUAUGUUGAGUGGAUGGAUGGGUUAUAGAAAUAUAGUCGCAGGUCCGGUAACAGAAGAAAUCCUGUUCAGAUCUGCUUCCGUACCCCUCCUUCUCCUGUCUCAAACCUCGAACAAGACCAUUAUCUUCCUUACUCCGAUCAUUUUCGGCCUCGCGCAUGUUCACCAUUUUUACGAAUUCCGAAUAACUCACCCACAUACCCCUGUCACAGCAGCGUUCCUUCGAUCAUUGCUACAGUUCACAUACACAACAUUAUUCGGAGGAUAUGCAACAUUUUUAUACUUGCGGACUGGAAGUUUGUUGGCAGUUAUCCUGGUACACGCGUUCUGCAACUGGAUGGGAUUUCCAAGAUUCUGGGGCAGACUGACAUACGAUGCUGAUACUGUAAUUGGACCCGAUGUCGGUGACAAGAAGAGUGAGGAUGCGAAACAAUCAGUAAAUGAUGGCAGCCUCGGUGUAGGAUGGACAAUCGUCUAUUACAUUCUCUUGGUGGUCGGGGCUGUUGGCUGGAAGAAGCUGCUGUGGCAAUGGACAGCGAGUCCAUCUGCGUUAACUACUUUUCCAUGA